CAUUAGAAUAAACUGGCAAUUAUUUCAUUUCACUUCUCUGUAUUUGAUCUAAGAAACAACAAGGUUAUCAAGCAAAUGGGCUCUCUAAUGGCUGGUUGGGACUCACAUGUCUCUGAUCCUAAAACUGUGAAAUUUCAGAGGAACUUGUCACUAACCAAAGGAGAAAUUGAGGCUUAUUGGAAACAGAAGAAGAACUCUGAGGAGGAACAUCUCAAAGUUGACUAUGAUCUACCAUAUGACAAUCGGCAAAGGGUAAUUAAGGAAGCCGAGGUAAAGAUAGAGAGAUCAAGCUCUCUGCCUCCAACCAAGACAAAGGAGACUUUUAUGGACAAUGAACCCGAAAAAAGUUUGGAAGAUCUAAUAAAGCAACGUAGCUGGUGGGGUAGAACAACCUCGGCAUUUUUGAAUGAACCUCCCGUGAUUGGAUCCGAAGGUCGACCUACCUACAAGUAUGCAUCUCAGUUCCAUGUAGCCAACGUUGGGGGAUUCAAAGCCACAAGCCCACAGUAGUAACUAGUAUUCCAGUGCAUGAUAAAACUUUGCUAAUAAUAGUGUCUUAAAUAUGUGUGGUUUUUUGUAUAUAUUAUAUAAGAGUUGUGCUAAUUUGAGUUUAUAGAGAGAAUAUUAAGUAUGACUAUGUUUUUGUUGCCGAAAUUUGUGUAGGAUUGAUUGUGUAAUGAGAUGGUUGAAAUCUUCAAAUGAUGUAUACAAUCUAUAUAUUGUGCUGAA